CUCUGCUCCGCCCCCAAUUCCUCUCUUGGCGUUUGUCGACUUUUGAGAGAGAGACCUUCUUGGCAAUCCUCAGGCACGUUUCACCGGAAUUCCUCAUGUUGUGGAUUAAUAUUGAUAAAGGGUAAUGGUGUGAGGCUGCCAUCCACCACUGUGAGCCCAGGAUAUGUGACCCCUACGCCACACUUCUCCUCCUAACAUGUUUGAAGUCAAACCGCGAGCCGUGGAGAAGAAGGAGUCCAGCACAGAGACGGAUGAGGGCCUGGGGAGCAGCAGCAGGCACUACGGCUCCGGCUCAGUGGGUUCUGCUUCGGUGGAAUCGGGCUCGUUCUACUUGUCAGACAGCCAGGAUUGGGUGGUUUCCCCAAGCUGCUCCCCCGAUGAAGGUCCUGCCCAGCGCACCGCUAUCUCCCCCAUGCUGGCAGAGGAGACUUUCCGCUACAUGGCCUCCCUCUCUUUGGACCACCCCUCUCAUACCUACUCUGCUUCCCACAACCUGUCCAAAGUCCUCAGUUCCGAUCGUGUGGAGCAGAUGACCAAGACGUACAAUGACAUCGAAGUGGUCACACACCUUCUGGCUGAGCGUGAUAGAGACCUGGAGCUGGCGGCUCGGAUCGGACAGUCGCUUCUGCAGAGGAACCACCUGCUGCAAGAGCGCAACGAGGCUGUGGAGGAGCAGUUGGCGCAGACUCUGGACCAGGUUCACCAGUUGCAGCACGAGCUCAGUAAGAAGGAUGAGUUGUUGCGCAUGGUGGCCAGCGCCUCCGAGGAGUGUGAGGGAGACUCCAGUGCAUCAACCCCACCGACGCAGCCUCCGUUAGCCGGCGGAACCGCCGCCGCCGCGCUCAGCCAGCUGGAGUCGAUGCAGUGUAAGCUGCAGGAGCUGGAGGAGGAGAACCUGGCCCUGAGGUCUGAGGCCUGCCAGCUGAAGAGGGACACCAUUACCUAUGAGGAGAAGGAACAGAAACUUGUGAGCGACUGUGUCAAGGAGCUCCGUCAGUCCAACACUCAAAUGGUGUCGAUGACAAAUGAACUGUCCCAGAAGAACGAGGAGCUGGUCAGACACCAGGAGGAAAUCGCUCAGUUGCUGUCGCAAAUUGUAGAGCUGCAGCAUCGGGUCAAGGAGCUCGCUUUGGAGAAAGAAGAGCUGAGGAUCCACUUACAGGCUUCCAAAGAGGCCCAGCGACAACUCACAGCGGAGGUACCGCGUCACGCAGCCGUACACGCGCACCCCAUUUUGAAGAUAUCUUCAUUGAAAUGGACCUUCCGCCCCAGGAUUUGCCAGAAGAGAGUCUUCCAGACGGUGCGCUCCGUCAACGCCUCAACAUCGCGGCCCCAUUCGGCAACCCCGCCUAUUCCUGGUUCUGGACGGAACUCUCUGGUGAUGACAGCGCAGCCCUUCCCCUCUUCUCAUGGAGAUGAGCUGCCACAGGGCCAGCCCGGUUUCCCGGGUGGGAACGACCUGACGAAAGCGCUGCAUCGACUGUCGCUACGACGGCAGAACUUCUUGUCGGAGCACCAGUUCUUCAAAGCGGAGCGAGAGAAAAAGCUGCAGACCCUCGCCGGGGCCGAGGCUCGUGACGUGGGAAGCGGCUGCGGCUCGCCAAUGGGCAGCGCGUUCUCUUCCUUUUCCAAUCUGUCAGAACUCUCCAUCGGCUCCAGCGUCUUCAAGACUUUCCUGCCGGAGAAGCUUCAGAUUGUCAAACCCAUGGAAGGCUCCCUGACGCUCCAUCACUGGCAGCAGCUUGCCAAACCCCACCUGGCCACCAUCCUGGACCCGCACCCCGGCGUCGUCACCAAGGGUUUCCGGCCGCUCGCCCAGGAGGCCGUUUACCGGCUGAACGACAUGGAGGAAGAUGAGGAGGACGAAGCACGCCGAGAGAGGGAGGCCGGCGUCUUGGAGAAAGGCGCGGCCGAGAGAGGGAAAGAGGAAGACGAGGAGGAAGUUGGCAUUGUCUUCAAAGUGCGCUGCUCGUCGACGCCCGACCAAAAGAAAACAGAAAGAAAAACGCAACUCUGCCCCCAUCCAUCCCAGCGACGUCGAGCUCUCUGUUGGAUUCCAUUUCAGUAUCUUGUUUUGUGUGCAGUCCCAAAUCCAGUCAAGUGUCAGAGCUCCACCUUCUCCACCUACACGUUCACCACCUGCCGCAUCUUGCACCCUUGUGAUGUCACGCAAGUCACCCAAAGUUCACAGUCAUCUGCCAAUGGCAACACGCCGAGCUCCAUGAGGACGGGACCCAGCACCCCUCUGACACCCUGCCGCCUCAGCCUGGGAGACGCCUUUCCCGUCCGGCGCCCCCCCGUGGCCACCGGCGGGUUGGCCAAGUUGGUCCUGGAGAGAGGCAUUUCUGCACAGGUCUCCACGGAAACCCCCCCGUUGGGCGCAAGGCCCACGCCCCCGCAGCCCCUCCUCCGCCUUCUCCCGGGCACGCCCCCCAACUCGCCCUCGCACUCGCCCGGAUCCGAGUGCCGCCAGCACUCGGCGGACAAUUUUCUGGCCUCGAGGCCGGCCGAGUUGUUCCUGCGAGACGUUUACGGCUUGAACCUGGGCCGCUCGCCGCACCCCGACCUACCCAGCCCCUCCCGGGAGAACUCGGCCCGCGCGCCGCCCCCGGACCCUCUUAACGUCGGCCUUUUGGAGCGGCUGCGUCAGAUGGGAUUGACCAAGGCCCCCCAGGCGUCCGCCACCUUCGUGUCGGCGGGCGGCGGGAGCCUGCUGGACGGUCUGAGGCGCAACCACAGCCUUCCGGCGAUGAUCGGCGCCCGGGCGGGAAAGGCGGCGGGCCGGCCCGUGCCUCCCCCUCCCCCCGCCUCCCUGGCGCUCCCCCCACCACCUUGGGGCAACCUCAAGCAAAGAUGCACAAAAGGCACCUCGAACACCCUGCCGCGUUCGGGGGAAUCCUAAACGCCGUCGUUGCCCCUAAAAAGUCCCGCUUAUGUGUCCUGUUCCAACCUCGCUUUUUAUUUAGGACUUGAUUUUUAAAGCACAACAGAUUUCAACGGAAUUUUUAACUGCCUGCUACCCCUUUGCCCUGAUUCGAGUUUUACAGGCCUAAGCUUUUGUCUCAAUGGACCUUGUUGAACGGCUCUGUGUGUUUUGUAAAGGGGGAAGCUUUGACCACAUGGACCAAAGUAUCGAGAUGGUGUGGAUCAAUCCCACCGAACUUAAAUGAGCAAAGAAGGUUUUGUGGAUGUGGAAGAGAAGGAAGGCGUUUCCGGUUGGGAUGGUUUCAGAAAGGAUGGUCUCUGUUACGUUUGUUCACGUUUGAAUCCAGACUUGUUCCAAGGGCUUCUUUCGUCGUGGCCUCAAUAUGAAUGUAGGAAUUG